AUGACUAUUAGAGUUACAAAUGCGAAGAAGGAAAGAAUCAAAACGUUUUUGAUAGCGGCUAUUGAAAAUCCCAUAGAUAUUUCUAUAAGGCAGGUAGCUAAGAUUAUUGGUUACCUAGUCUCCACCUUACCUGGAGUCCAGUAUGGAGCUCUGUACUACCGAUACCUUGAAAUGGACAAAGUAUCAGCUCUAAAAAUAUCAAAAGGUAAUUUUGAUGCCCCCAUGACUAUUUCUAAGGAUGGCCUUGUAGAGUUGAGAUGGUGGGUUAAUCAUAUAGACGAAAGUUUUAAUUAUCUUAUGAUUCCCCCAAUCGACAUUACAAUAUACUCUGAUGCAUCCUUACAAGGAUGGGGAGCAGUACUAGGUGAUACAUCUUCAGGGGGAGGUGGUCACCUGAUGAAUGCACAAAUCACAUCAAUUAUCUUGAACUUCUGGCUGCAUUUUUUGCCCUAAAAUCGUUUUGCAGGGGUAAGCAUGUAAAACUCAUGAUAGAUAAUACAACAGCAGUAGCAGUAAUUAACAACAUGGGGUCUUGCCAUAGUCGUGCCUGUCACUCGGUUGGUUGCCAGAUCUGGCAAUUUUGUGUAGAAUAUAACAUUUGGCUUACCGCUGCUCACAUUCCUGGUGCUAAAAAUGUCUUAGCAGAUAAAGAAUCGCGCCAUUUUCAGAGUCAGGAUAAAGAAUGGAAACUUAAUCCACUGUCAUUAUAUGAUGCGCUCAAUAAUUUCAACCUGAGAUAGAUCUUUUUGCAUCACGCUUAAAUAAGCAGUUUUCUCUAUAUUGCUCUUACAGGCCAGACCCUGAAGCAAUGUUUGUUGAUGCAUUUUCUAUCUCAUGGGCUGACUCAAAGUUUUAUUGUUUCCCUCCGUUUAGUUGUUUGUUACAGGCCGUGAAGAAAAUAAUUCAGGAGCAUGCCCAGGGAAUUUUAGUUGUCCCAGACUGGCCCACCCAGCCUUGGUAUCCACUGUUGGCCCCGCUUCAUGUUCAACCUCCAGUGGUUCUGGAACCCAGUCGCACACUGCUGACCCUUUGUCACUCUCCGAAAAUAAUUCAUCCCCUUUGCAGAAAGCUGAAACUUUUAGUAUGUCAUGUCUAAGGCGACAAUUACAACAACGAGGCUACUCGUUAAGAUCCAUCGAAAUCAUUGAAUCAUCAUGGAGGGAUAGCACAAAAUCUCAAUACCAAGUGCAUCUACAAAAAUGGUUACAAUUUUGUAUGGAGAGGGAUUGUGAUAUCAUCUCCCCCAACUUACCACAGGCGUUAGAUUUUCUGUCAUCUCUGUUUGACUCGGGUUUAUCUUAUAGCUCACUAAAUUCGGUGAGGUGUGCUGUAUCUACUAUUCUGCAGCUAAGUGAUAGUGCAGUAACUUUUGGACAGUUACCUAUUGUCAAGCGUUUUAUGAAAGGUAUAUUCGAACUGCGUCCGGCACUCCCUCGUUACCAGACAACCUGGGAUGUCAGUAAAGUUUUAGAUUUUUUCCGAAAGCAGUCUAUGCCUUCAGCGUUGACUUUAAAAGACCUUACUGUUAAAGUUACCUUUUUGUUAUCUUUACUAAGUGGACAGCGCUGUCAAACAAUUCACGUUUUAACUGUCGAUAAUAUGAUUCUCAUGGCUGAUAAGUGCACUUUUCACGUCAGGGAGAAAGUAAAACAGACGCGUGUUGGAACCCAUGUGAAACCCCUCGAGUUUCUUUGCGUCGUUACGCAUCUCUUAGAGUAUGUCAAGAGAACUGCCUGUACUAGGAACGAUACAAAGCAAUUGCUAUUUAGUCAC